AUGGGUACCGUAGAGGUGUUAGAGAAUGAAGGAGUUGGGUAUGAUAUAACUUCAUGUCGUGAUAGUGAUGAUGCUAAUGUGGGAACAAUGAAUGGUGGGUCUGAGAGAACAGUGAAUGGUGGCAAAAGAAUUGAGAAAUUGAGUGAUGAGAUUUUGGAGGACUUUGAUUUGUAUUGGGAAGAUAUAAACGAACGCUUAACUGUUUCAAGGAUGGUGAGUGACUCACUUAUUAAGGGAAUGGUAAGUGCUGUGGAACAGGAGGCGGCCGACAGAAUAAUGGCUAAGGAGAUAGAAUUGACCAAAUUUAAGGAGUAUUUGCAAUUUCAUGAUGUGGGUCUGAGUAAAACUGAAUCUUUGGGGACACCGGUCUUGCAGGAUGCGCUUGAAAGUUUGAAUUUUCAGAAGCAUUUCACUUUAUCAGAUGUUUUCCGGGAACAUGAAAAGACGAGAGAGAUUUUAGGUGGACUAAGGAAUUCAGCAACAGAUGAACUGAAGAAGCUGAAGAAUGCCAUUGAUAGGGUUAGAGGUUCCAGUUCUAUCAGGAGGAUCUGCUCUGGUUCAGAGUUGGUGGGUCUGGGUGGCAUUUUGCGAGAGCGAGAAUCUGAAAGUUGGGUUCAUGUGGACAAAACAGUGAAGCAUCUGAAAAUGAUCAUGGAUACAAUUUUUUCAUGUAUGGAUGGAAUGGUACAGCUGUCCAAGGCAUCAAUUGAGUGGUGGCAGGAGGAGCAUCUAAUUGAGGUGGAGGUUGAGGCCAUGGUGAUGCGGAAUCUGAUCCAGAGUAUGCAGGAAGGUUUUGAGGACAAACUGUGGGAUCAGUAUAGUCAGUCUUGUGACGCUCGAAUUGAGAAACUGAAUGAGAUCUCUAAUCUACGAAAUGACUUAGAGGUUAUUUUGAAGUCAUUGUCUAGUAUAGAAACACAGAGUCUGAUUUCACAUGGGUCGCAGGAUGUUGACCACUUUCAUCGCAUGAUGUCAAGUGAGCAUGUGACAUAUUCAAAUUCUAUUUUGGAGGGAAAUGGGAAGUGGGAGGAUUCAAAGAGUGAUAUACCUGAAAAGUUUGAAGCUGCCACGUUGAAACACAUGUCACGGGAGGAAAUGGUGGACUAUUUUAAUAAUAUGAUGACAAAGAUGAAGAGAGAACAUGAAUCCGUUCUGGAAAAGAAAACUGAUGACUACUUUUCUCUAAGAGCUGAAUAUCUAACUCUUAUAGGAAGGGGGUCUGUUGUGCAGCAUAAGAAGGAUCAGGGGGAAUUUGAUUUUCUUAGAAAGAAGAUCCCAGAAGUUAUAAUGAAAUUAGAAGAUAUCUCUGUAGAGACUGAAAAGUGUCCUGAAUUUACUCAAAGACCUACAAAUUUGGAUAGCUUGAAGGAUAGAAUUGAUACCAUUCUUUCUGAAAAUCGUCAGCUAAGAAACUUGCUUAGAGAUAAGAAAAAUGAAGUGAGGUUUCUGUUGUCCGAAGUCUCUGCUGCUGCUGAGAAGAGUCUGCAACACUCUUUGGAUGAAGAAAACAUGCAGAAGCAGAUAGGAGAUAUCAAUUUAGUGGUGGAAGAUUCACAAAUAGCAGCUUCAAUCAGGGAAGAAGUGUAUAAAUGUUUUCUAAGGGAUCUCAUUAGAGAGAAAGGUAACAAAGCUGAUGAGUCAAACAUGGAGUUCCAUAUUAUGAAUGACAUUUAUAAUAUUAUUUUGACGGAAGCUUACAUUACUGCUGAAAGUACUUACAAUUCUGAACUCGAAGAUUCAGAGUUGGAGUGUCUGAUAAUGCAAGAUCUUUAUGGAGUGAUUUUCAGUGAAGGAAUCAAGGAUGCUCAGGACAAGCUCAAGGAAUUGUACCACAAUUAUUUGAAUGAAAAUGAAAAUCGGAUAUUUCUUGAGAUGAAAGCUAUUCAGAAGGAAUAUGAAUUAACAUUAGAGGUUGAAGAGAAGGAAAAACUAAAGCAAAUGAUUUAUCGGCUUGAAAGAUCAGUGGGUGAAAAGGAAAAAUUAGCAAGUGAUGCAUCAACUGCUCUAGCAAAGGAGAAGGAACAAUUUGAGCUGGUAACUCAAGAGCUUAAUGCUGUGAGAGAACAUGCAAGUAGGCAGCAAAAAUUAGUUUAUGAGAGCAAUAUGGAAUUAGAGGUGAUAAAGGGUCAAUUAGAAGAAGCAUUGGAGCAAAUUGAAACAAUGAAGGAGGCGAUCCACCAGUUAAAUCAAAAGCUGGUAGAGAAGGAGGAGGAGUUAAAAGAAGCUGAUGACAAAGCAAAGAUGGUCCUUUCUGUUUCUGAAGAGAGGCAGUGCAUUUUGGCCUUAAAUGAAACCAAAGAAAUUGAGCUAAGCAAGCAUAUGGAAGCAGUAAUUUGUAGGGUACACAAGUUGUCAAAACUGCUUGCAGAUUUUGAAUGCAGGGCGAGUGCCAGUCUGGAAGCAAAUCAUGCUAGGUGGAAGCAUUCAUCAUGUCAGUUGAAUUCUCUUGUCAAGAAGACCAAUUCACUUAGAAGAACAGUGCUAUUGUACCGACAGAGGCUUGAAAAAAGAUGUUCAGACCUUCAAAUGGCCGAGGCUGAGGUUGAUCUUUUGGGAGAUGAGGUUGAUACACUUCUGCGCCUACUUGAAAAGAUAUACAUUGCACUUGAUCAUUACUUGCCAGUUUUGCAGCAUUAUCCUGGAAUUAUUGAAAUUCUUAAGCUGAUCAGAAAGGAAUUGUGGGGAGAUUCUGCUAAACCAGUGAAGUAAUCUCCUACAUAAGUAGGUGCUGGUGAGUUCUAUACUAUGUUUGGUGAAAGAGGAGGAUAUGGGGAGGGGAAGUAAAAGAGGGAAGAUUGAAGCUCAAUUGCUCCAGGUUAGCUUUUCAGUCCCUUUGAAUUUGGAUGGAAAGAAUAAAGUACAUCUUUUCUUCCCUUCCAACCACAUCAAUUUGUUCAAGACAAAGGCAUAGUAAUUAGUAGUUGUUGUAGUAUUCUUCGUUCUUUUGAUAAUCAAGUAUCUUUUGUAUGAAUAUACUAUCGAAUAACAUGAUAAAACCCAAAGAUUAUGUCCAAUUUGAAGCGAUCACAAUUGAUCCCUCGUUACUGCUCAAAGGAG